AUGGGGCUGCCCGCUUUCCUCAUGGGGCUGGUCGUGGGGAGCCCCGACUUCCCGGUGCCCCCGGGGCUGGGCGUGCAGCCGGUGCUGCAGCAGCUGUGGCGCGAGUUCUUUGAGUUUGACCCUGAGGCGGACGUGUUUGGGGCGGGGCCUGCGCUGGAAGAAAGCGAGGAUGAGCCUGAGCAGCAGCAGCCCGCGUCGCGCAGGCGAGGCAGGGAGGCGCGGCGGCUGCGGGGCGACCUCCUGAUUGAAGGGCGGGAGUACGGCGGUCGGGCCAGCAGCCGCGCGGCGGUGUUUGGCGCCGACGGCAGCGGCGGCGAGGAGGAGGAGGAGGAGGAGGAAGAGGAGGAGGAGGGAGGAGCGGGCAGUGGGGACGGCGGCAGCAGCGAGCCUGGGAGCGAGGAGGAGGACGAGGCCAGAGAGGAGGAGGGUUGGCUGAAUGGCGACGCGGCCGCCGCCGGCGCCACCAGCAGCGGCAGCGACGAGGGCGGCGAGGAGGAGAAGGAAGGCCCAGAGGUGGCGGCCGGCGGCGGCGGCGGGGCGCGAGCGCCCGGCUCCGACAGCGAGGGCGGCGGCGGCGGCAGCGGCGCGGCGGCCGCGGCGGCCGCGGCGGCGGCGGCGGCGGGGGAUGAUAUGGCGGAGGAUGAGCAGAGCGCGCUGGCGGGGCUGAAGGAGCGGGCGGCGAGGGAGAGGAAGAAAGCGCUGGCGGUACAGGCGCAGAAGGCUGUGUGGCAGCGGGGGCUGGAGGCGCGCAUACUGCUGCAGCGCAGCCUGGCCGGAGCCAACCGGCUGCCGCAGGGCCGAAUGCGGCACGCCGCCGCCGCCGCCGACCCCGAGCUGGCGGCGGCGUUUGGGGGGCUGGCCAAGGAUGCUUCGGCACUGGUUCGAGACCUGCUGGCGCUGCUGGGGCAGCUGGCGGCCCAGAAUCCGGCUGUGGCGGCGGCAGCAGCAGUGGCAGGAGCAGCGGCGAGAGGUCCCGCAGCAGUGGCAGCGGCGGCAGCAGGAGCAGCCUCCUCUGGGGCUCAGCGCGGUGGGGCCGGCCAUAAGCAGCAGGAGCAGCGGGAGGAGGAGGAGGAGGGAGGGGAGGGGCGCGAGGGGCUGUGGCGGGAGGUGGAGGCGGCGUAUAUCGCCGUGGCGCCCUUCCGCGACGCCUCGCUCGACCGCUGGCACCGCAAGACGCUGCUGACAACGGGUGGCGCCUCGCUGCGUGCGGGGCAGCUGCGGGCGCUCAACCAGGGUGUGAGCACACAGGUGGCGCUGCUAAUUCAGGAUGCUGGCAAGGUGGUGCGGCGGACGCGGCUGCCGCGCGCGGCGCAGCAGGCGCCGCACCUGCGGGUGCUAUGCCCCGACCCCGAGGCCCCCACCGCCAAGCGGCGGCGCGCGGGCGGCGAGGAGGACGGUGGCCCGGGGGCAGCCAACGGCUUGGAGGUGGGGGAGAGGGAGGAGGCGGGCGGAGAGGAGCGGGACCCCGAGACAUUUGACGAUGCGGAGUUUUAUCAGGCCCUGCUUCGGGAGUUUCUGGAGAGCUCUUCGGAAGGCGGCGCCGCCGCCCUGUGGCACACGGGCCCCAAGCGGCGCAAGGCGGUUGACCGGCGUGCGUCCAAGGGGAGGAAGCUGCGGUACCACGUGCACGACAAGCUGGUGGGGUUCAUGGCGCCGCUGGAGCUGGAAGCCCCGCGCUACGCCGCCCAGCUCUUCUCAAACCUGUUUGGCGGCGGCGGCAAGUAA